AUACCUAGAAAGAUGGUCAAGCUACAACCGCUAGAAUUCAUUGACUGCCUUAUUGACAGUCCAGAUUUUCGAGAAAAUCUUAAUAAACACGAGAAAGAGCUGGAAAAAACAAGUCAACAGAUUAAAAAAAUCGUCAAAGAAAUAAAGGAUUUGUUAGCAGCUGCUAAAAGUCUUUCACGUGCGCAGCGUACGUUAUCCAAAAGUUUGAAAGAAUUCAAUUUUGAAUGCAUUGGCUCCACACAAACUGAUGAUGAACAAGUUAUUGCAGAUAGUUUGAAGCAAUUCAGUAAACUAAUAACUGCUAUCGAGGAAGAACGUGAUAAUAUGCUUGAUCGAGCUCAUGAUCAGAUCCUAUUACCCCUCGAAGAGUUUCGUAAAGUACACAUUGGAGGAGUAAAAGAAAAUAAAAAGAAAUAUGACAAAAAGACUGCAAAGUUUUGUCAAGCUCAAGAGCGGUUCCUUAAUAUGUCUUCCAAAAAAUCAUCUCCAGCAGUUAUAGAGGCUGAUGCGUCUUUAGGAAUGCUAGAACGAGAGUAUCUUAGAGAAUCUUUGAGCUACGUAUUAGGAAUUCAGGAAGUUCAGGAAAGAAUAAAGUUCGAGUUUGUGGAAAUAAUUCUUAGAUUCAUAUCUGAUUGGCUAGUGUUUUAUCAUCUAGGGCAUGAAGUAGCCGAAGAUGCCAAAGUCUAUCUGUCGGAUCUGCAGCUCAAAGUGCAGAAAACUCGAGAAAAUUUUGAUGAAACACGACAGAAAGCGCAAGAAUUAAAAAAUAAAUAUAUGGACAGCAAAAUGAAACCGGAUAGUGAAUACACAAAGCAAGGGUAUCUUUAUUUAAUGGAAAAAAAGUUUACUGUGGUGACGUGGUCGAAGUAUUAUUGUACAUUUAAAAAACAAAACAAAGAAUUUUCCAUGCUACAGUUCAAUCAAAUGUCCGGACGCUCGCAGCAAACAAGUCCUGAAACAUUCACAUUAGCAUCAUGUACGAGAAGGAUAUCGGAAUUUGAAAAACGAUACUGCUUUGAUCUUACAUUUCAUGAGAGAACCGCCAUUACAUAUACAUUCCAGGCCCUUAGCGAAGACGAUAUUAAAACAUGGAUUGACGCGAUGGAUGGCAAAGAGCCGACGAACUUAGCAUUGUCAACGAAAUACACCGAGGAUAAUACAUUAGAUGAAGUGGGUUUUGCAUUUGUUAAGAGGUGUAUUGAGAUUUUGGAAAAUCGUGGACUGGAAGAAGAAGGGCUUUAUCGAAUUGGCGGCGUCAGUACAAAAAUAACGAAGCUGUUGCAAAUGGGAUUAGACAGGAAAAAGACUGAAAGGGAUCGUUUGGAUUUUUUUAAAGAGGAGCAAAUUGGAAAUGGUGAUAUUCUCGAAAGCAAAACUAUUGCUAGCGCCCUCAAACAAUAUCUUCGUCACUUAAGUGAGCCGCUUAUGACAUUUCGCUUGCAUCAUGCCUUUAUAUCAGCUGCUAAGCAAGAAACGCGAUUACAACGAAUCAACGAAGUUCAUCAGUUGGUAUAUAAACUACCAAAAGACCGUUUUGAGAUGCUAGAUAUUGUUAUAAAACAUCUGAAAUCAGUCUCAAUGAAAAGUGAUCGAAAUAAGAUGUCAGUGUUCAACCUAGGGGUUGUAUUUGGACCUACAUUGUUACGAGCGGCUGAAGAAACGGUGGCAGCUAUACUGGACAUUAAAUUUAACAAUGUCGUUAUUGAAAUACUAAUCGAGAACUAUGAUAAAAUGUUCAAAAGCUCUCCGAUGCCGACAUCCAGUAACAAUGUUGGAGAUUUGUACAUGAUGCAAACAAGUACGAGUCCAUCAUUCCAUCGACCAGGUAGCGGUGGCAGUGGAGUUGCUGGCACAUCAUCGAUAGGAAUGUCUGCAACAUCUAGUGGCAGUCAAUGCUAUUCCAAAGAACGCACUACUCCCACUGCUCAAAAUAUAUAUGCACAAACGCAGCCACUUCGAGUAAUCGCUAAGUCAAACUAUACCGAAUCGAUAAUGUCAUCAAGUUUGCAGAACAUAUCCAACGGGUUGACGUCGUUGUAUAGCAAAGGAACAAAUCAUUAUCCAACAUACGAAGCCAAACCGACAAUUAUUUCUUCAGCCAUCAAUGAUCCUUGUACUGCUGUAGGACAUAACAGAGACCAAAACAAGCCACUGCAUGUAAAAUCUAACAAUAAUUCUUCUCCAAAUCAUCAUGCUGUAUAUCCUUCUCUAAAUUCUGUUCCUGCGAACUACCACAAUGCUUCUCUAAACAGCACUCAUCAGCAGCUUAUAUCAGGAGCACAACAAAACUCCGCAUCUGGAGUUAGUGCUUUAUUGAGCUGCGAUCCUUCGUUACUUCAUGGAGUGUACAAUCGAGUAUCUGUGUUAGCUAGCAGUGAUUCUAAUUUGGCUAGUUAUCGAAAGGAGCUAUCUACAUAUGAAAGAAUCAACUCAACGAGCAGUUCAAAUGAGUCAGUUUGUUCUUCAUCGGGUGGAGUUGUUGCUGGUAAUUCAUUAUCUGUUAUGCGUAAUCAACACCUAGGAAGUUGGACUGCCAAUGAAUAUAUCAACCCGAUCGGAAGCAAAAAUAUAUCAAAAUAUGAUAUAGCCAGUACAAUUACAAGUAACACUACUACAGUACCGUUAACAGCCCCGUUAACAGGCGGUGGUUCAGACACUUCCGCUAGUCCAAGUUAUUGUAGGCCAAAGAAAACUCAACGUAGCAAAGAUUACGGCCGUCAUCAUCAGUUACCACAUAUCCAGUCUCAUCUAUCAUUAACUCAGCAACAAUUUAUUCAACAAAAGCAGGGGAAUCAAUCGUUAACUACAACUAGAGAGAGCGUACGAGUACGUACUUUAUACGCAUGUUUGGCGGAAAAUGAUGGCGAAUUAUCUUUUGAACCAAAUCAAAUAAUAACGAAUGUGCGUCGUUCAAAUGAACCCGGUUGGCUGGAAGGAACUCUGAAUGGUAAGUCUGGAUUAAUUCCAGAAAACUAUGUUGAAGUUUUGAAAUAAGUGUGUAAACCGCUCGAUAAGGCACUCUUGAUUGAGCAACAACAUACACUAUGUAGCAGAAAAGAAGAUAAAAACGCACAUAAUAAUAAAGUUGUACAUAUGGGUAUGUACUGAUAACGUAAUUCCAUCCAAGCGAUUAUAACAUCGAAUCAAGAACGGGAAUAUUUUUUUAACAAUUUUGAAAGACAUUUGUACAUUGUAUUUCUGUACAUUCAUCAAUCGUAAAUCUUAUUUUAACAUGAAAAAUGCCUUAGUGUUCAGAAUUACACAUUCCUA